AUGGAGGCCGCUGGACUGGUACUCGCCGUGGCUGGAACGCUGGACAUCUGCGUCAAAUAUGGAACCCAACUUAGGGCUAUAUACCGAGAUAUCAAGCACCUGGAACGCGACGCCGAGGAGCUGCGUGUAACGAUUCAGGGCGUACUGGUGAAAACUCAGAUACAACUCCAGUCGCUUAAAUCAAUGUGGACAGCCCUGGAUCCCAGUCUCCAGAGUCAUUUUUCUGAGGCAGUGGCGCGACUGAAACUGAGACUUCUGGCUUCCUUGGACGAUCUCAAACAGCUCAAGGAAUACGGUCGAGCGGGCUCGUCGACCCCCGACAAGCUCAAAGCUCUCUACUUGAAGAAACAUGUCAAAAAUAUGGAUCUCGGAUUCAACCGUCGAUCGCCAAUUGACGGCCGGCUUAUCGCACCGCGAUCCCUCCACGACGAGGCUUGCGCGCAUGAGGGAGGCGAUCAGAGAGUCGUCAUCAUCUUCAUCGACCGAGAACCACGGAUCAGUUUCGGUAUUCAAGUCUCCAGAUACGAUCAGCUCGGCUUAGACCAGAAUCGCCGAUAUCAAUACCUUCACGGCGUCCUAUACCGACGACGACCAACCUGUGAUCCUCGAUCAGACAAACUACUUACCUGCAACCGCUGCAAGGUCCAGGCUUCAAGUCCACGAUCUAGCAAGACUCCUCCGCAAUACGAAACACAGACGCAAUACCAGUUCAUCCUAGAAGUCCCCCGGGGUCUCAUAGCGCCAAUGACCCUACGAAAUCUCCUUCAGAGCCAGCCUCGAUGCUCCUUGAACCACCGAUUCCAACUCGCCAAGCAACUCGCCCGCUCCGUCAUGUUCGUCCAUACCACCGGAUUCGUACAUAAGGGGAUCCGCCCCGAGUCGGUCCUCGUGUUCGCAGACGCCCAGAACCCAAUUGAGUACAACCACUCAUUCCUCAUCGGUUUCGAGAGGUCCCGUCAUGCCGAAUCUCCCACCAACUACGCGGGCGACCUCGAAUGGGAGCGCAAUCUGUAUCGACAUUCCAGUGGCCCUGGGGAGGAUACCGCUAACACUUCCUGGCCGGAACUUGAUGUCGCGUCUGCGCUGGCGGAUAAAGAUUUACGUCGCGGCGCAUUCGUCGUCAAGGAUCGGCUUGUGGAACUUGCUCAAGACAGACUCCCUUCGCUGGUGGGGCUGCGAUAUACGGAAGUCACCGUGAUUCUUAUGAAAAUUGAAGAACUGCUUGUGUAA